GAGCCAUGCAGGACCUGUGCCAUUGUUUCAAACUCGGGACAGAUGGCUGGCCAGAGGGUGGGCACUGAGAUAGACAAGUCCUCUUGCAUAUGGAGGAUGAACAAUGCUCCCACAAAGGGCUAUGAGGAAGAUGUUGGGAAGAGGACAACCGUAAGAGUGGUCUCGCACACAAGCGUGCCUCUCCUGCUCAAGAAUCCUGAGUACUUUUUCAAAGAAACCAACAACACCAUUUACGUGAUCUGGGGUCCUUUUCGAAACAUGAGGAGGGAUGGAAAUGGCAUUGUGUACAACAUGCUGAAGAAAACUGUUGACAGCUACCCAAGUGCCAAAAUCUACGUGACAACGGAGAAGCGCAUGAGUUACUGCGAUGCGGUAUUUAAGAAGGAGACAGGAAAAGACCGAGUCCAGUCAGGUUCAUAUCUCAGCACGGGUUGGUUUACCUUAAUUUUGGCUAUGGAUGCCUGCUAUGGAAUUCACGUCUAUGGGAUGAUAAAUGACACCUACUGCAAGUCAGAAGGCUUUCGCAAAGUUCCCUACCACUAUUACGAGCCGGGAAGAGAUGAGUGUGAGGAAUACUUUCUCCAUGAAAAUGCUCCAUAUGGAGGCCACAGGUUUAUCACAGAAAAGAAAGUAUUUGCUAAGUGGGCCAAGAAGCACACAAUAAUAUUUACACAUCCCAACUGGACAGUGUCUUGA